AUGCCGAAGAAGAACAACAGAAGAGGACAGCGCGGCCCCGAAGACGACGAGGAGGUCGAGAAGGUGCUCCAAGACCUCGCCAAUGGCGAAGAUGCCGGGACUGCCCUCGGAGGCGGAGGCCAGCAGAAGGGCGGCAAGGGCAAGAAGAACCGCCGCAACCAGGCCGCCGAUGAGGACGAGGAGGUCGAGCGCAUCCUGCAGGCCAUCGCCAAUGGCGAGGAGGUGCCCGAAGACUCGCCGAAGCCCGCCGCCGCCGGAGGCAAGAAGGGCGGAGCUAAGCAGCAGCAGAAGGGCCGACGCGGCCAGCGCGGACCCGAAGACGAGGAGGAAGAUGGCGAUGAUGAGCCCGCCCCCGCCCCCGCGAAGCAGCAGCAGAAGGGUCCCAACAAGAAGGGCGCCAACAAGCGUAACAACCGGCGUGGAGGCGACGACGAUGAUGAAGAUGAUGAGCCCGCCCCCGCCCCCGCCCCCGCGAAGCAGCAGCAACAGCAGCAGAAGGGCGGCAAGAAGAACCGUCGCAACCAGGCCGCCGACGAUGACGAGGAGGUCGAGAAGGUGCUCCAGGACCUGGCCGAGGGCAAGGAGCCCGCCCCUGCCCAGCAGCCCAAGCAGCAGCAGCAGAAGGGCGGCAAAAAGAACCGUCGCAACCAGGCUGCCGACGAGGACGAGGAGGUCGAGGCCAUCCUCCAGGCCAUCGCCGAGGGCCGCGAGGUGCCCGACGCCGCCGCGGCGCCCAAGGGCGGCAAGAAGGGACAACAGCAGCAGAAGCAGCAGAAGGCGGCGGCCGCUGAGGAAGAGGAGGCUGACGGUGGCGACGACGAUGAAGACGCCGAAGGCGAGGGCGAGGGCGGCCCCAAGGUGCUCUCGGCCGCGGCCAAGAAGCGUCUGAAGAAGAAGCAGAAGGAGCAGGAGAAGAAGGCUCAGGCCGCCGCUGCUGCCGCCGCGCCCAAGGGCAAGGCCGGUGCGAAGGGUAAGGCCGGCGCCGCUGCCGGCAAGGCGGCUGCCGCCGAGCCCGCCGCCGGCGCCGCGGCCAAGAAGCCGAGGAGCGCCAUCGCAGCGAUGAUCCUCAAGCAGCAGGAGGAAGAGCGCAAGCGGAAGGAGGAGGAGGAGCGGCUGAUCAGGGAGGAGGAGGAGCGGCUGCGCAAGGAGGCCGAAGAGGAGGAGCGCCUGCGCAAGGAGCUCGAGGAGAAGCGCGCGGCUAACCGGCUCAAGAAGAAGGAGAAGAACAAGGACGCCGACAAGCGCCGGGCCGAGCGCGAGCGACAGGAGCGCCUGGCGCGUCUGGGCAUUGCUGUGCCCGCCGCCGCCGGCGGCGAGGAGGGCGCGCCCAAGCAGAAGAAGCCCCAGUCGGCCCUCUACGCCAAGCCCAAGAAGCAGCGGCCGGUGGUCAAGACCGCCGAGGAGCAGGAGGCCGAGGCCCAAAAGCAGGCCCAGGAGGCUGCCGCCGCCGCUGCCGCCGCCGCGGCCAAGGCCGAGGAGCCCGAGAGCUGGGAGGAGGAGGCCGACGAGUGGGAGCAGAAGGCCGAACCCACCGCCGCCGCCGAGGAGACUACCGACGAAGCCGCCACCGCUGCCGCCGAGGCCGAGAAGGAGGAGCCCGCCGCCAAGACCGAGGAGCCCGCGACCGGUGCCGCUGACGCCGAGGCCAAGGGCAAGGACAAGGAUGCCGAGGGUGCCGCUGCCGCCGAGGCCGGUGGCGAGAAGAAGCCGACGCUGCGAUCGCCCAUCUGCUGUAUCCUGGGCCACGUCGAUACGGGCAAGACGAAGCUGCUCGACAAGAUCAGGCAGACCAACGUGCAGGGCGGCGAGGCAGGUGGUAUCACCCAGCAGAUCGGCGCGUCGUUCUUCCCGCUGAAGGCGCUCAAGGAGAAGACCAAGGCCAUGGCCCAAAAGACCAAGUUCCAGAUCAAGGUCCCGGGCCUGCUGGUCAUCGACACGCCCGGCCACGAGUCGUUCACCAACCUCCGCUCGCGCGGUUCGUCGCUCUGCGAUAUCGCCGUACUGGUGGUGGAUCUCAUGCACGGCCUGGAGCCGCAGACGCUCGAGUCCAUCAAGCUCCUCCGACAGCGCAAGACGCCCUUCAUCGUCGCCCUCAACAAGAUCGAUCGUAUCUACGGCUGGAAGGAGUCCCCCAACGCGCCCUUCCAGGAAACCCUCAAGAAGCAGAACCUCGCGGCCAAGCAGGAGUUCGAGAACCGCGUGGCGCAUACGGUGACCAUGUUCGCCGAGCAGGGCCUCAACGCCGUGCUCUACUACCAGAACAAGGACUUCGUGCACAACGUCUCGCUGGUCCCCACAUCCGCGCACACCGGCGAGGGCAUCCCCGAUAUGCUGGCCCUUCUCAUCCAGCUCACCCAGACCAAGCUCACCAAGAAGAUCGUCACCAAGGACCUCUUCCAGGCGACUGUGCUGGAGGUGAAGGUGGUCGAAGGUCUGGGCACGACGAUCGACGUCAUCCUGGUGAACGGCGUGCUGCACGAGGGCGACCGCAUCGUGGUGUGCGGUCUCGACGGCCCGAUCGCGACCAACAUCCGCGCGCUACUCACGCCGCACCCCAUGCGCGAGCUCCGCGUCAAGACCCCCUACCAGCACCACAAGGAGGUCAUCGCCGCCCAGGGUGUCAAGAUCUCGGCCCAGGGCCUCGACCGCGCCGUCGCCGGUUCUUCGCUCGUCGUCGUCGACGAGAAGGAUGACGAGGAGCUCGUCAUGAAGCGAGUGCAGUCCGACCUGACGGACAUUCUCAAGAAGGUCCAGAAGAAGGGCGUGUGCGUGCAGGCCUCGACACUGGGUUCGCUCGAGGCGCUGCUGACGUUCCUCGGCGAGUCGAACAUCCCCGUGGGCUCGAUCAACAUCGGCCCCGUGCACAGGUCCGACGUCAUCAAGGCCUCGGUCAACCUCGACAAGGGCAAGCGUAAGGAGUUUGGCUGUAUUCUGGCCUUCGACGUGCCGGUCGACAAGGACGCCAAGGCCGAGGCGGCCAAGGCCGGCGUGCGCAUCUUCACGGCCGACAUCAUCUACCACCUGUUCGACCAGUUCACAGCCUACCUCGCCGAGCUCAAGGCCAAGGAGAAGGCCGAGGCCGCGCUCAAGGUGGUCUUCCCGUGCAUCCUCGAGAUCGUGCCCGGCUGCGUCUUCAACAAGAAGGACCCCAUCGUCAUCGGCGUGCGCGUCGUCGAGGGUCUCCUCAAGCUGGGCACCCCGCUGUGCGUCCAGAAGAUCGUCACCACCACCGACGACGAGGGCCGCACCAGGAACCGCAAGGAGAUGCUCUACAUCGGCAAGAUUACCUCGCUUCAGGACAAUCACAAGGAGGUCCCGCAGGCGGUGGUCGACCAGCAGGUGGCGGUGAAGAUCGAGGGCGGGUCGGUGACGUUCGGCCGGCAGAUGGACGAGAGCUCCAAGAUCUACAGUCAGCUGUCGCGCGAGUCCAUCGACGCGCUCAAGGACCACUUCCGCGACGUGCUCGUGGCGAACAAGGGCAUGGUGGCCCUCAUCCAGAAGCUCAAGCCCAUGUUCGACAUCAUGUAA